AUGUCAUGCGAAUCACAAGUUGUGUGGUGGGUCAUUUUGAUAGUCGUUCUUAUUGUGAUAUUGGUGGUGAUAUUGGUUGCUGUUAUUACAAUUGUGAUCACAAAGAAAGUGUUGGAAAUUUCACAUACAAAAGAUUUAGAAAAGACCACAACACUUUUUAAAAUGAAAAAGUCAAAUAUUAAGUUCGAAGCACUUCAAAAUGGGAUUUGUGUCACUUCCAAUUGUAUAUACUUCACCUCGGAAUCAGGAGAAAUUCCAGUUGAAUGGGAGAGUCGUGAUGUUUUAGUUGAUCCCGAAAUUGUGAUUCUUAAAAGUGGGUACGCUUGUGAAUUCUCAAUUUAUUUAACACCACAUUGCACUUGUAAAAUUGAUAAUACCCUUCAAAUAAUUUCUAAAGAUUUAAAAAAUGGCGAAGAAAAAUUCAAUUUAAUUUCUUUGAAUGUAACUACAGAACAAUCCACUCGAAUUGAUUAUCAUGAAUUGACAGAAGACAAGAAACUCGGGCAAGGCUCGUUUGGAAUUGUGUAUAAAGGCACUUUUAGAGGAAAUGACGUCGCUAUCAAAAAGAUGAAAACCAUAAUUGAUGAUAAUAUUUUGGACGAGUUUGCAAAAGAAGUAUCUAUGUUGGACAAGUUUAGGAGUGAAUAUAUUGUGCACUUUUAUGGUGCGGUGUUUAUACCAAACAAAUUGUGUAUGGUCACCGAAUUUGCAGCAUUUGGGAGUUUACAAGACUUGAUGAAACACAAAACAAGUCAAGAAAUUGAUAUGAAAAUGCGUGUUAAAAUGCUACUUGACGCAGCAAAGGGAAUUUCUUAUUUGCAUGAGAAUGGGAUAUUACACAGAGAUGUUAAACCAGAUAAUAUUCUUGUUGUUUCACUUGAUAAGAACAGCAAGGUGAAUGCUAAAUUGACUGAUUUUGGAAGUGCUAGGAACGUUAAUAUGAUGAUGACAAACAUGACAUUUACAAAGGGUAUCGGAACACCAAAGUAUAUGGCGCCUGAAGUGUUAAAACACCAAAAGUACAAAAAACAAGCAGAUGUGUUUUCAUUUGCUAUUACGAUGUAUGAAGUGUUUGGAUGGUGUGAAGCUUAUGAACAUCAGAAAUUUAAGUAUCCAUGGAAAAUAGCACAAUUUGUCAUAAAAGGAAAUCAUCUUAAAAGAAAUGAACAAAUUACCGAAGAACAAUACACACUUAUUGAUAAGUGUUGGCGUUACGAUGAGAUUAACAGAAUUUCGGUUUCUGAAAUUGGAGAAAGCCUUGAAAAAAUGAUACAUUCAUUUUAA